GUCUAUGAUUGGUUGAUAGGAAAGGCAUCUCAUUGUGUGUAUGCUUAGUAAAUACAGUAAACAGAGUGAUUGUCAGUGUGCUGCCAUCAAUUACGACUGACAGAUAACGAGGAACAUCCAACACUCAAUACAGAAUUUGCUUUUGCAAUGGCUCAAAAAAGGGCUGAAAAAAUGGGAAAGCAUUGGGUUCUCCUUGUGGCUGGUUCAAAGACCUGGCAAAAUUACAGACACCAGGCCAAUGUGUGCCACGCAUAUCAGAUAAUGCAUCAGAAUGGAAUUCCUGAUGAGCAGAUCGUGGUGAUGAUGUAUGAUGACAUCGCUUACAAUAAGAAAAACCCUCAUCCUGGAAAAAUUAUAAAUAAACCACAUGGGUCAAACGUGUAUCCAAGGGUUCUGAAAGACUACACUACACAUGAUGUGACACCUAAGAACUUCCUGGCUGUACUCAAAGGUGAUGAACGUGCCGUGAGGAAGACUGAAAAAUGUGGACCAAAGAAAGUACUUAAAAGUGGAGAAAAUGACACAAUAUUCGUCUACCUGGCAGAUCAUGGAAGUUAUGGUGUAUUUUGCUUCCCUGACAGCACACUUCAUGCAAUAGAUCUCAUUGACACUAUCAAUGAAAUGGCAAGUGCUAAGAAAUUCUCAAAGAUGGUAAUAUACAUGGAAAGCUGUCUUUCUGGAUCAAUGUUCACCCACCUCCCUAACAAUGUUCAUGUGUACACAGUGACUGCAUCUAAAGCUCAAGAGCCCAGCUAUGCAUGUUAUCAUGACACUGUAUUGAAGACCUAUCUUGCAGAUGCAUUCUCAGCCACUUGGAUGCACUACAAUGAAAAGGUUAACCUUGACAAAGCAACGUUCCAGAGUCAGUUUGAUUAUCUUCAGAAACAUGUCAAAACAUCCUCACCCUGCCGGUUUGGGGACAUGACAAUCAGUAAAUGUCCUAUCAGUGAGUUUCUAAAAAACACCCCAAAAGCUCAUCAGGAUCUUGGUAAAUAUCUGGAGUUCAUGUUGUCUGAUUUGACCCCGAGUCAUGAGGUCCCAUUCAGAAUCCUGAAGCACCGAAUCGACACAGAAGCUGACGUGGACAAGAGACAAUAUUUGAAGAAAAAAUAUGACUCUCUUCAUCAGAGAAAUGCUCAAAUUGAGAGAGCGGUUGCAGCGAUCAGCCAGCAGUGUUCUCCUGAGGGUGCAGGUGUAGAUGACGUGGAUGGAGAUUAUGGGGAUGCGGUUGAUCUACAGGAGCUCAAAACUGUAGCUGAGCAUUUCAGAACAACCUGUUUUAACUGGCAUGAAGAAGAGAUAGUCCUGUCACACAUGCAUGUAUUUGCUCGUCUCUGUGCAUCUGGAGUUGGAGUGGAGAGAAUCAUAGAGGUCAUGAAUACAGUCAGAGAAAGCUGCUCAGAGUUCCAGUGAACAACUAAACUUCCGAAGAUCACAUGAGAAUUAAGAAGAAUCUUUUCCAUGGUUUCUGGUGCACUGCCAUUUGAAAUUAAUGGAGGUUAACGCAUAUUUUAGAAAGUCCAACCUCCAAUUUGCUUGAGUAAAAAGACAGUAGAUAAAUUAGAGUAGGGGAGCUUUGGAAAGGUUGGUUUUUAACUUGCAUUUAGACAACACUCAUUUUGUUUUAUUGAUUUUUAAAAUUCAGUAGCAUAAGGAAAUGUUGAUACACAAAGUGUAUGUUGAUACACAAAUAUUGAUACACAAAUUGUAUGUUGAUACACAAAUGCAUUAAAAAAAUAAUGUAUUUUUAUUGGAUAUUGAUGGUGCAACAUAACUUGUGUGAAAAGAUAUAAAAACAAAAGGUUGUUUUGAUUAAAAUUAAUUUAAAAACAAGAGUCCACCCACAUGUAUUAAUAAAGCCACUGUUAAUGUUCUGAUGAUGCAAGACAGCUUCACUGUAUUCUGGUUAAACUGUUGAAGAGAGAAUCUGCAUCGGCAUCUCAGGUAACGAUAUUUUUAAUUUUGUCCCCUUGAGCUCUAAUCACCCAUCAGUCAUCUGCUUUUGAUGGAUUCAUUUUUUUUUUUUUUUAAAUAAACAUCCAUUGAAGUUUAAUGAUUUAAUAUGGAGGUUUGGCUUUGAAUAGCUGCAGUGGAGUUUUUUUUUUUUUUUUUAUAAAUAUGCACAAUAAAGAGAAGAAAA